GUAGAUAAUUAUUGCAACUAAUAUCGCGUCAUAAAUCGAAUAAUGUUUCUGCUAGUCUUUGGCAUUAUUUUGGCCACCAUUCUGGUGGUCAAGGGCGUGAGGAUAUUCAACUACAUAGAUCACAUGGCUGGCAUUAUGGAAAUGAUACCGGGACCCACGCCCUAUCCGUUCGUGGGCAAUAUCUUUCAGUUCGGUCUGAAGCCAGCCGAGUACCCCAAAAAGAUAUUGCAAUAUUGUCGAAAAUAUGACUUCCAUGGCUAUCGGUCCUUGGUGUUCCUGCAGUAUCAUAUAAUGCUCAGUGAUCCGGCGGAAAUUGAGAACAUGUUGUCGAGCUCUUCACUGCUGUACAAGGAGCACUUGUAUUCGUUUCUACGCCCCUGGCUAGGCGAUGGCCUGCUCACCAGUUCCGGUGCCCGCUGGCUAAAGCAUCAGAAAAUCUAUGCACCGGCCUUCGAGCGCUCGGCCAUCGAGGGCUACUUGCGUGUUGUGCAUCGAACUGGCGAGAGGUUCGUGGAGAAGCUACGCCAGCAGUCGGAGUCAUCAAAGCCUUUCGACGCCCAGGAGCUGGUGGCCAAGUGUACACUGGAUAUUGUGUGUGAGAAUGCGACUGGAAGCGUUAGCAACUCCUUGAACGACGAGCCCUCAAAUCUGCACAGUGCCAUCAAAGACCUCUGCGAUGUCGUGCUGCAGCGCACCUUCAGCAUAGUCAAGCGCUGCGACGCGCUCUUCCGCUUGAGUCCAUAUUACCUGAAGCAGUAUCGCGCACUGCAAUUGCUCAGGCGAGAAGUUAAGGAGAUAAUUUCUAGGAGAAAACACGAGUUGGCCACUAAGAAACCCAUCGAAAAUAAGCCCUUCAUCGAUGUCCUACUAUCCGCCAAGCUGGAUGGUGACGCGCUCAAGGAGCGCGACAUAGUUGAAGAACUGUCCACAUUUAUAUUUACCGGUCACGAUCCCGUUGCCUCAGCCAUCUCAUUCACCAUAUACACGCUCUCGCGUCAUCCAGAAGUACAGCAGAAGGUGUUUGAAGAGCAGCAGCGUAUCUUUGGCAAGGAUAUCACUGGAGAAGCCGACAUAGCACGCCUUCAGCAGAUGCACUAUCUGGAGCUGGUCAUACGCGAAACGCUACGUCUUUAUCCCUCUGUGCCGCUCAUAGCGCGCACCAAUCGCAAAUCCAUAGACAUAAAUGGCACAAAGGUGGCCAAGCGCACCACUGUCAUCAUGUGCCUCCUUGCAAUGGGCUACAACGAACGGUACUUUGACGAGCCCUGUGUAUUCCGGCCCGAACGUUUCGAGGGCGCCAACACGAACAGCGGCCUCGAUGCCUUUAAGAGCGUGCCAUUCAGCGCCGGCCCCCGACGCUGCAUCGCCGAGAAGUUUGCCAUGUAUCAGCUGCAGGCGUUGCUCUCGCUGUUGGUGCGGCACUUUGAAAUUCUGCCCGCCGUGGAUGGUUUGCCGCCGGGCAUCAAUGACCACACACGCGUGGACUGUGUGCCGCAGAGUGAAUACGAUCCGGUGCUCAACAUUCGUGUAACGCUCAAAUCCGAAAAUGGCAUUCAAAUCCGGCUUAAACAGCGAGUUGCGGCGCAGCAGAGUGCUCUAUAAACUGAAAAUACAUUCAAAGUAAUUAAUUGAUGAUUUUACAGAGC